CGCUGCGGUGCUGGGCUGCUCUCAGCAACACCUGGGUACUGUAAUGCACACGGGGCACCGAUGGCACAUGGAGCCACGUGUGGGCACAGAUGGGCAGCCACACAGACACCCCCUGCACGCAAACACAGCGCUGCACUGCACCCGGGCACACGCAGAUAUGGAUGCACGUGCAGAGACACCGCGCGUGCACUCAGACACGCGGCACACACUUGCUCCCACGCAGACGCAGCUCUGCGCUCAUCACCGCACAGACACGCUCAGCCCCGGGCACGCACGGACCCCGGCCCCGCCCCGCACAUGCGGAUCCAGACGCGCACCGUCCCGCCCCCGCGCGGACCUGGCUGUGCUGGGCGCAGCCCCGCACACGGCCCCCCCCGCUCCCCGCACCCACCGGGGGCGGACGCGCCGCCCCGCGCCCUCCUCCCCGCGCAGCCCCGAUGCGCACAGCGGGGCCGGCACCGGGCGCCGCACACCGUUAACGGGUACCGGCACGGCACAGCAGGUAACGGUGGCGGACCCCGGCGAGGGACCCCCGCCCCGCUGUCGCCGCACCGAGCCCGGCGCAGCAGGAAGGGACGCGGCACCGCAGCCCCGCUGAGAGGAGAUGGAGCUGCCGUGAGCCCUGCGAGCCAUGGAUGAGGCGACGGAGUUGCAGACCGGGGGGAACUCCCUCCUGAAGGCGGUGUGGCUGGGCCGGCUGCGGCUGACCCGGCUGCUGCUGGAGGGGGGGGCCUACAUCAAUGAGAGCAACGAGAAGGGGGAGACGGCGCUGAUGGUGGCCUGCAUCACCACGCACGUGGACCAGCAGAGCAUCAGCAAGGCCAAGAUGGUGAAGUACCUGCUGGACAACAGGGCUGACCCCAACAUCCAGGACAAGUCUGGGAAGACAGCCCUGAUGCACGCCUGCAUCCGCGGCGCGGGCGGCGAGGUGGUGACCCUGCUGCUGGACAACGGGGCCGACCCCAGCCUGGAGGACCACUCCGGGGCCUCGGCACUGGUGCACGCCAUCAACGCCGACGACAAGGACAUUCUGCAGCACCUCCUGGACGCCUGCAGAGCCAAGGGGAAGGAGGUGAUCAUCAUCACCAUGGACAAGUCGGCCUCCGGUGCCAAGGCCACCAAGCAGUACCUGAACAUGCCCCCCUCGCUGGACUUCAAGGAGAGGGCCCCUCCUGAGGCCAGCGCUGCGGCGCUGAAGGCGGCCGCCCCAUGCCCUCAGCCCACCGAGCAGGAGGUGCCCCCCGGGGAUGGUCCCCCCACCAAGGCCACCCCUGAGCCACCCUCCCCGGGCUGGAGGGGUGGCACCACCAAGAGAGCGCGGCUGCCGCAGCUGAAGCGGCUGCAAUCGGAGCCCUGGGGGCUGGUCGCGCCCUCGGUGCUGGCUGCGCACCACGAGGAGCAGCGGGUGCGCACGGACGAUGAGCUGGUCACCAGCAUCGGCGAGCUGGCACUGUGCAGGAAGGCUCCCCUCACCCGCAGCAAGGACGCUUCUCUCUUCCCGCUGGUGGACGAGCAGGCGCUGCGCACGCCGCCAGCCCCCGGGUCCGGCUGCAGGAAGGCGUUCGAGAAGGGCCCCCAGCGCCUGCCCCGCAGGAGCACGGUGCCGGAGCCGCUGGAGAGCGGCGAGGUGAUGGAGGCCCUGCACUGGCGGCGGCUGAGCGCCGAGCACCACGACUGCGACGCCGGCAUGGCCGAGGCGGGGAAGGUGGCUGCGGAGAGGAGGAAGCUGAGCGGCUCUCACCUGGCUCUGCUGGGCGGCUCGCGGGAGGCCCUGGACGGUGCCCCCAGCACCUCGCCCGCCGCCGCCCGCCGCCCGCCCAACCUGCUGGAACGGCGCGGCUCCGGCACCCUGCUGCUGGACCACAUCGCGCACACCCGGCCCGGGUACCUGCCCCCACUCAACGUCAACCCCAGCCCCCCCAUCCCCGACAUCGGAGCCGGCGGCAAGGCCCCCUCCCCGCUGGCUGCUGGCUUCAGGGCCCUGGUGCCCGUCGCACCCAGCUCCCCCAAGCGGGGUGACCUGAGAACCAAAAAGAAGCUCCUCCGGAGGCACUCCAUGCAGCUGGAGCAGAUGAGGCAGCUCUCCGAUUUUGAGGAAAUCGUGGCCCAGUAG